CCGAUCUUACUAUUUAAACAACUUAAAUUGAGAUUCUUCAAGCAGUGCGAAAUCAUCAGUUUAGUUAAUGUUCACAACAUUUCACUAUAACCUGAAAAGGGUUUGAAUUCUAAAAACUAAUUUAUCGAAAAUGUCUUCAAAAAUUCUUCUAAUAAUUGGAGCUUUUCUCAUUUCGAGCGCUCGUGCACUGAAUGGUGAUAUGGCAACGGAAGGCUCUCUACGAACACCUAGAUCAGCUCAGUGGUCGGGGUAUCCGCCGCCACCCCCACCAGGCAAUAACGGAGGAUUGCCGCAACGACUUGACAGGUUUAUGGGAGGCUUAGAAAGUGAAUUCAGACAAGAGUUUAAUAGACCAGGAUCACCAUAUCAGAGGCGACCGAUAAGAGAAGCGAAACCGAUAACUAACGCUGAUAUAGAAGUAAAGAUAAUGAAGGGCAUAGAGCAAAACAGAAAGAGAAAUUUUCGCUAAACUAUAUGGGUUAUAUUAAUUAAUGUUUUUCUUUCUUUAUCUAAGUAUUUUUCGAGUAGGAAAUUUGUAGAAUUAUUAAAAAAGUAAAACUAAUUAAUAAAUGAUAAAAUCAAACUAUA